UUAAUCCUCACCCAAGGGCAUUUUUUCGUCGAUUUUGAGAGCGGAAGGGAGGAGGAAGCUACGUUAGGUUUUGACUGGUCUUAAGAGAAUUACACAUUUUUUCUGAUUUCAGCGAGGAAGGGAGGGGAGACGUCCACGCUGAGAUUACAGACAUCCUGCCAAAAUGUUUUCUACGAAGCCCAGACUUGUCGUGCCUUAUGGCCUCAAGACGCUGCUCGAGGGAGUUAGCAGAGCCGUCCUCAAGACCAAUCCGCCCAACAUCACCCAGUUUGCAGCAUUUUAUUUCAAAGAACUUAUUGUGUUUAGAGAAGGGAACGUUCCUCUGGAUAUAAAAGAUCUGGUUAGACAAUUUCAUCAGAUUAAAUUUGAGAAAUGGUGCGAAGAAAGGACAGAAGAGAGGAAGCCAGAGUUCAUCAAAGAGCCAGGAGAAGCAGCUGCCGUUCCCAAAGAGCCGACGCGGGUGGAGAAGUCCACCGACACGGAGGAGGACCACAUCGCCGCUCCCCAGUUCAUCCACAAGACCACGCAGUUCCCGUCGGUGUACGCCGAGCAGCAGCCCGAGGCAGAGGACACGAGCAAGGCAGUCCGCCCUUCCAAACCGUGCACCCCCAAGACUACCCCCACCUCGUCCCCAGCCCCGGCCGACGCCCCGCCAGAGUUUGCCUAUGUUCCCGCCGACCCAGCUCAGUUUGCCGCUCAGAUGUUAGGUAACGUUUUGUCUUCUCAUUCUGAUCAGUCUGACGUUUUAAUGGUGGAUGUGGCAACGAGUUUGCCGGUUUUUGCCAACGAGGUGCUGAGUUCAGAGGUUGCUGAAGACACGGUGGUGACCGCUUCUGUUGCACAUUCUGGAGAGGGGGUAGCAGUGCAGUUGGCCAGCCACUCCUCUGUCCGUGUAGCUCUGGGGUCUAAGCCUACCGACCAUCAGGCUGAACCAGCAACGGCUCCCUCACCCCCCUUGCAGGAUGAACAAGACCUUCCUGCCUUUGAUCAAGCUCCUCGGGUGUCCUGGCAGGCUGGCACUGGGGGGACGGCCACCCCUCAUAUCUCAUCUAUCUUUAACGACAAGCCUGUGAUUGAAGCAGUCACUCAUAUGGAGCAAACAUCAGAACAAGUAGUUACCGCUUUUUCCGAUCACCUUGUUAGUGUUAAAGAGAUUGAGCAGUCACCAACAGAUAGUGCCGUUCUUGUAAACAAGAGAGUCUCGGGCGGGUCUGAGACAGCCACAGGUUCUGCAGAGCCUGCCCCGUUGGAGGAUGCACACGGCCCCUCAGUCCAGGUGGAGGCAGAAGCCACCAUUCUGAUCUCCGACACCUCUCUGAAAGGCCUGCUUGCACAGUCCCUGAACCCAGAGGGCUCCGCCCAGGCCACAGGCUCUGAGAGAUCUCUGCAUCUCGAAGUGGAGAUCAUUGCGCUAGUCCCCGGGCAGGAGGAGGACUCGGCGCCCCCGGAGGCAGACUCGGCCCCCCCUGAGGCAGAGGAGGCAGAGGUCAGGCCUGUGGGCUCUGGGGAAGCUGCCCAAGCCCGGCAGGAGGAAGACUCCGCCCCCCUGGAGGCAGACUCGGCCCCCCCUGAGGCAGAGGAGGCAGAGGUCAGGCCUGUGGGCUCUGGGGAAGCUGCCCAAGCCCGGCAGGAGGAAGACUCCGCCCCCCCAGAGGCAGACUCGGCCCCCCCAGAGGCAGACUCCGCCCCCCCGGAGGCAGAGGAAGCAGAGGUCAGGCCUGUGGGCUCUGGGGAAGCUGCCGAAGCCGUGCGCUCAGGUGCCUCAGUAACGUCACCUGGUGGCACCCCCAGUCCCGCUCCAGAGGGUCUCACGGGACCAGAGGCCGAACCCGAAGGGGAAGCAGCACCUGCACCAGGUUUGAUGGAGCCAGCGAUAGCAACAAGCGAAGCAGGACAGCCACCACCAUAUUCUAACACGUGGACCCUUUACUGUCUGACCGAUAUGAAUCAGCCCAGCCGCCCGUCACCGCCACCUGCGCCCGGGCCCUUCCCCCAGGCCACCCUCUAUUUGCCCAAUGCUAAGGAUCUGCAGAGCCCACCGCAAGUCACUUCUCCAGCGUACGUGAUGAUGGACGACAGCAACAAGGCCGGGGCCCCGCCCUUUAUCCUGGUGGGCGCCAAUGUCCCGGAAGCGCAGGACUGGAAGCCGCUUCCCGGGCACGCGGUCGUGUCCCAGUCAGAUACCCUGAAGAGAUACGCGGCCGUCCAAGUGCCCAUUGCCGUUCCUGCAGAUCAGAAAUUCCAGAAACUCCCCCGGCACGCCCCGAGUGCCAGUCCGCCUUCCAGUGGGCAAGAAGGGCCCCGGCCGCAGAGCCCCGUUUUCCUCUCUCUCGCUAUCCCGGUAGAAGAUGUAGCCAAAAAGUGUUCAGGAUCGGGGGACAAGCGUACCCCCUUUGGGAGUUACGGUAUUGCCGGAGAGAUUACCCUGACUACUGCCAAUGUCCGCAGAGCAGAACCCUAACGCGCAGAUGCUGAAAACCAGGCUGUCUGAGUCGACGUUCCAGGUGGAGUGUGCCACCACGCGUAAUGUAUCAGUAAACUUCAUGCAGCAUAAC